ACAUAGAAAUGAAUUAAAAAUUGUCCACUUUAAGUGUGACUAUGUAUAACCAUCGGACAUCCCCAAGCACAAGAAGAAACUGAAAAAUCUCGAGAGCAUUCAUGGAGGAAAUACAGCACAAGAACUUAUAUGUAAACGGAAUUAACAUGCACGUAGCUGAAAUCGGCCAAGGCCCGGCUAUCCUAUUCCUUCACGGUUUUCCGGAUCUCUGGUAUUCGUGGCGCCACCAGCUAAUCGCACUUUCCGCCAAAGGCUACCGCGCAAUUGCUCCCGACCUUCGCGGCUACGGAGACACGGACGCGCCGCCUUCCGCCUCCAGCUACACCGCUUUUCACAUCGUCGGUGACCUCGUCGCCCUACUCGACUCGCUGAGUCUCGAUAAGAUCUUCCUUGUCGGCCAUGAUUGGGGUGCCGCUAUGGGAUGGUACUUCUGCUUGCUUCGCCCAGAUCGAAUCAAAGCCCUGGUCAAUUUGAGCGUGGCUUUCACACCGAGGAACCCUAAAUGGAAGCCGGUAGAGUCUAUGCGUUUUCUGUUUGGUGACGAUUACUAUAUGUGCCGAUUUCAGGAACCUGGAGAAGCAGAAGAAGAAUUUGCUAGUGCUGGUACUGAUAGAAUAAUCAGGAAAUUUUUAACAAAUCGUAAGCCAGGACUAAUUCGAGUGCCCAAAAGUGUAAGAUUUGGGGGUUCAUCUAAUAAACCUAUCAACAUGCCUUCUUGGUUGUCAGAACAAGAUGUGGAUUAUUAUGUGAGCAAAUUCAGCAAAAAAGGUUUCACUGGUGGAUUAAACUACUACAGAGUUAUGGAUUUAAAUUGGGAGCUGUUGGCACCCUGGACAGGGGUGCAGGUAAAGGUUCCGGUUAAAUUUAUUGUCGGAGAUCUUGACGUGACUUAUAACACCCCAGGUGUGAAGAACUAUGUAGACAAUGGUGGUUUCCAAAGGGAUGUGCCAUUUUUGCAGGAAGUGGUUAUAAUGGAAGGAGUGGCACACUUUUGCCACCAAGAAAAGCCAGAAGAUAUUAAUGUGCACAUAUAUGACUUCAUACAGAAGUUUGGUUAAAAGCUUCUUCAAGUCACAUUCUCUUUCUUAUGAAUGAAAGAGAGCGGAACACAAUCUGGCUAUAUUUGGAUGACUUUUAUGACUAUGUUUGUAGAGCUUAUAGCUUAAUUUAAGCUACAAAUAAUCUAUAAAUUAUGUUUAAAUUAUGUUUGGUAAAAUGAUGGAGAUUAGAAUAAUAGCUUAUUUUGAUUCAAAAUAAGGUGAUUGGCUUUUAACGUUA